AUGUCAUCGGCGCAGACACAUCGUGUAUACAAGUGGUCACCACAAACAAAUAUCACGACAGUUGUCGCCGGUAGAGAAAAUACUGAAGGACCGAUGAGUUACUCUCUUAAUUCUUCUGAAGGCAUUUAUGUCGAGGGUAGCAAUGGUACGGUGUACGUGGCUGAUUAUGGAAAUAUCAGCAUUCAGAAAUGGUUAAAAAAUGCUCUUGAUGGUACUACUGUAGCUGGGCUUAACACGGGCGAAGCAGGCAGUGAUCAUGAAUCGUUGUCAGAUCCGACUGCUGUAUGGAUUGAUGAUGAAACCCAAGUUGUGUAUAUGGUAGAUUCAACCAACCUAAGAAUUCAGCGUUGA